AUGGAUGCGACAAGCAGAGCGACGCGCGAGACAGACACUGUACUGCCGUCAUACUACCUCGAGCAGAGGGCACGGGUGCUGGAGACUGGCAACGCUGCGGAAGAUUGCGACACAGGCGUUUGCUGGGCUGAGGUAGUCGAAACGGCGGCGACGGUGGCGAUCGACGGGCGACUGGCGGUGUGGCGCGGUGAUGUGACCCGGCUUGCCACGGCGGGCAUUGUCAACGCCGCCAACGAGGGCCUGCUUGGCGGUGGUGGCAUCGACGAGGCCGUCCAUGCCGCUGCCGGCCCGCUGCUGCAGUACGAGUGUGCGCUGGCCACCAAGGCCAUGGGCGGCUUGCCCGACGCCGGCGAGACCGUGGUGAGCCACGGAUACGCGCUUCCUGCACGAUAUGUCCUCCACACCGUUGCGCCGUACCUCGACGACACCGGUGAGGUGCAGGACGACGUCCUCGCCGCCGCUUACCGCUCGAUCCUGGCUGCCGCCGCCGACUACGAGCUGACCUCGGUCGCCAUUCCUUGCAUCGGCACUGGGUUCUACGGCUUUCCGCUGUCCCGAGCGACCCGAAUUGCCGCUGCCGUCGUCGGUGAGUGGCUGGAGGCCGAUGUGGCCCGCGUCCGUGCCGCUGCAGCCGAUCCGACCACCUCCUCCAGCGACAUGCAGUGGGCAUUUCCCCAUCGAAUCGUGCUUGUUGGCUGGACCGCAUCGCAGACCAAGCUCCUUGCCCGCGCUGUCUCGGAUCUGUUCUCGCAACGACCCCCUGCAGCACCGACGACGAAGCUGGCGAGUCGUGACACUCUCUGAGCAACAUGGCCAGCGCUAGAUGGCGAAGGGUGCAGGCGACGAAAACCGGCUGCGGACCUCUAUUCCAUCCGCCAUCGGUGAUCAGAUACUCUACGACAACCGAUUGUGACUGUAUGCGACUGUGUGUAAAGGUGCCAUCGCGA